GUAACCUGAAUAACAGCUUCAAACCACCUUCCAAGCUGCCUUCUCCUCCAAUGGGAGGACCUGCCUAGGAUUAAAGAGCGGGCCACCACACCCGUUAACCCACAUCACCGCCAGCCUUCCUAGCCAACUGGGACCCGAUUCCCACAGCAAGAGCCAAGACAGUGGGACCCGCACCAACAUGAGAUCCCCAGUCCUCUCCCUCCUGCUGCUGUUCUUACUGCUGCUACUGUCCAUUACCUCCUUCAGCUCCGAUCCAGAGGCUGCUGGAGGCCAGAGGCACCACAAGCUGCCUGCAUGGAGGCAUCCCCGGGGCAGAAGGCAGCCAUGCCGGUGCGAAGAUGUCUUCCAGAAAAUUCAUGAAAGAAGGAAGCUACAGGUAGCCAAGUCACCUGCAAGCCACUGCCCAUGUGACCGCCCCAAGCACAAAUGGAAAAAACCAGGGCACCAGAAGCACUGGAGACAAAGCUGCCUCCAGUUUCUGAAGCGAUGCCAGCUGCAGAACAUCCUCCUGCCCCUGUAGGAGCCGGGUCCCCUCCCCAGGUCCGAGAGGAAGCAUCAGUCCGGACAGUCCCCGGUCUCCUGGGACACCUGCCUCGGACUCUGACCUUGGGCAUCCCAGCAGCCUCCGGGGCUCUUCAAUAAAGAUGGAAACACUUUGCCAGUUGAA